AUGAAAUUAGCGGAAGCCGAGCGCAGCGGAGGGGCGGCGGCGGCAGCAGCGGGCGAGGCGCGCCGGUGCUGGUGUACGGCGGCCGGCGGCCGGGGCGCGCUGGGCUCGCGAUGCGUGCAGGCCUUCCGGGCCUGCAACUGGUGGGUCGCCAGCAUCGACGUGCAGGAGAACGAAGAGGCCAGUGCCAACGUCGUGGUUAAAAUGACAGACUCGUUCACGGAGCAGGCCGACCAGGUGACUGCUGAGGUGGGAAAGCUCCUGGGUACAGAGAAGGUGGAUGCGAUCCUUUGUGUGGCUGGACGAUGGGCUGGGGGCAAUGCCAAGUCCAAGUCGCUCUUUAAAAACUGUGACUUGAUGUGGAAGCAGAUCAUGGGGACAUCCACCAUCUCCAGCCACCUGGCCACCAAGCACCUCAAGGAAGGAGGCCUCCUGACCUUGGCGGGGGCCAGGGCCGCCCUGGACUGGACGCCCGGGAUGAUCGGCUACAGCAUGGCCAAGGCCACGGUUCACCAGCUCUGCUGGAGCCUGGCCAGGAAGAACAGCGGCCUGCCGCCCGGGGCUGCGGCCGUUGCCCUGUUCCCGGUCACCCUGGACACCCCAGUAAACAGGAAGUCGAUGCCCGAGGCCGACUUCAGCUCCUGGACGCCCUUGGAGUUCCUGGUCGAAACCUUCCAUGACUGGAUCACAGAGAAAAACCGACCAAGCUCAGGAAGCCUAAUCCAGGUGGUGACCACGGAGGGGAAGACGGAGCUUACCACAGCAUCUCUAUAA